AUGGCCGCCGUCGUCGCUGUACAGCUCGCCCGCCCAACCAUCCGGCACUUCUCUGCCCACCGGCCGCGUCCCGAUAGCCGCGCAGCUCGCGCCGUGACCACUUCCUGCCUGGCCGCCGCCGUGGCUCUGCCUUUUGUUCCUCCAGCCCUCGAAAGCUCGCGUCAGAAGAGUUCUGGCUUUCCCGACGGCAAUAAGCCCCACCCUCCGCUCUGCUUCCAUGCACGCUAG